UCUGUGUGUGUUGUUCAGUGAAGCGGUUUAACAAAAUGGAUGGCGAGUUAUUCCGUAAACUUGCAUCUAAAAUCGGUAUAACAUCUCCUAAAGUGUUGAGCCAGGCAGAAGAGUACAUGCGGUUGUCUCAGGUGAAGUGUGCAGGUCUAACAGCUGCUACAGCAAGCAGUAAGGCUGUUAUCUGUCUGGAGCUGGCAGCCACGGCCAUGAAGUGUCCUAUAGACAAGGAGUAUGUCGUCAAGCUGUCAGGAUUGAAUAAGAAAGUGUAUCAGAGCAGCCUGAAGGCCAUGGAGUGCAUGCUGGGGCUGCAGAGCAGUCUGGGGCUCAGGGAUCUGGCUGUGCAGUACGGCUGCAUGGAGGCGGUGAAGGCGGCGGCUCAGAUCCUUCAACGGUACGAGGACAGUUUACCUAGAGCUCAGCAACAAGACCUGGAUCUGUCCAAACCCCUGUUCACUACAGCUGCUCUGUUCAUUGCCUGCAAGUGCAUGAAAAUCAGAGUGGAUAAGAAGCUGGCGUCGUCCUCCGGCACCAAGAAGGCCGUGUUCGACAGGCUGUGUGUUCAGCUUCUGAAGUUCGGCCAAGAGAUUUGCAGUGACACAUCUUCCAUGGAGGGAAAGCUCAAAUCCACACAGAAGAGACAGAAGACUCUCACAGAGACGCUGCAGGAAGCAGAAGAGGAUGAUGGCUUGCCAACGUCUCCUAAGCAACAGCGGGAACUGGCACUGAGGGAAGACGAGUGUGAGGAAGAAACCAAACAAAAUUAUGAGGAGUGGAAAAGAAAAAUCCUGGAAAAUGCUCUGAAAGCCAAGAGCGAUAGAGAGUGAUGGCUACACCUGCUGAUUUAUUUUAUUGUAUUUUAUUAUUUGUCUUGUUUUUAGUUUUCUUCUUUAACAUUGCUCUCUUCUCUUAUUUGAGUUUAUUUAUCUUCCCACAUGAUCGUGUGUGUGUGUGUGUGUGCGCAGAUGAACUUGAUCAGUGUGUACAGAUAUUCCCUCUCCUGUAUUAUUUCACUUGAUUGCGUUGACAGACGUGUUUUGGGCGCGAUGUUGUGAAUGAGGAGUGAAGCCGAGUGCUGGUUUAUAUUCAGCUGCGUUUGAGUGGUUUGAUGAUGCUCAUUGUUUGUGUGUCGUCUCUGGUGCUUUUUAAUCAACCCCCUCAUUACCUGUGACUCGUUUGCCUCAAGUGUCUCGGGCAGUGUGAAGAAGCUUGUGUGAGCGCUUGUAUUCAUAGGUACACUGUUUUGCACGUGUGUGUGUGUGUGUGUGUGUGUGUGUUUGUCCAACACAAUCUGUACUACUGUUUUAAUAAAACUAAUUGAUCAAA